AUGCCUUGUACUUUUCUCAAUUGUUGUGAGCUCAACAACAACAAAAACAACAGCAGCAGCAGCAACAACAACAACAACAACAACAACAACAACAACAACAACAACAACAACAACAACAACGACAACGACAACGACAACGACAACGACAACGACAACGACAACGACAACGACAACGACGACGACGACGACGACGACGACGACGACGACGACGACGACGACGACGACGACGACGACGACGACGGCGACGACGACGACGACGACGACGACGACGACGACGACGACGACGACGACGACGACGACGACGACGACGACGACGACGACGACGACGACGACGACGACGACGACGACGACGACGACGACGACGACGACGACGACGACGACGACGACGACGACGACGACGACGACGACGACGACGACGACGACGACGACGACGACGACGACGACGACGACGACGACGACGACGACGACGACGACGACGGCGGCGACGACGACGGCGACGACGACGACGACAACGACGGCGACGACGACGACGGCGACGGCGACGGCGACGGCGACAUGCGCAGUUUGUAUAGUAAAUGCGCAGUUCCUGUAGUCAGUUUCGAGUGCAAAUUUGGAGUAAAAACAUGCACGAGUGAGUUUUUCAUAGACGAGUCCGAGGAAGCCGAGGAAAACUCAAAAACAGAAGGGCUAGCUAGCCAUAUAAAACCCAGGCUUAGCAAGAAAACCAAAUAACAAUUAGUAGAUUCUGCAUCUUGUCAAUCAAAUUGUUAUUUGAAAUAAUGACCAUAUAUAAAGCUAACAAAGUGUCCUAUUUUCAGCUCGGUAAAUGGUGAACUCCUUACCAGGCUCUUGGUGAUAGACUACAGAGCCGUGUUAUCGUCCACCCUGGGACAAACAGUUUACCUGCCAAUCAUGUUCUCCAUAUUUGGAUUAACAGCGGGAAUUGUUUACUGGCAGGCGAAGACGCCGUUAGAGAUAAUCACUGCCUACUGUGGCUCGUCUAUCCCGAGUCUUCUAUUUCUCGGCUCCCUUCUUCUAAAUCGCAUCAAUAACAGCUUGGAGGUGAGUAUAAAAUUUGUUUACAAAGAAAAAAAGGUUAUUGUAAUGGUGAAGAAGGUAAGAAAGGUGUUCUGCUGCUGGUCAGUGCGGAUGUAAUCUUUGACUAUGCGCGUCAACUUUUUUUUUAUGAAAACACCUGAACAUUUAAAGGAGAAUGGGAAUAAAAAAUUAGUUCAGUUCAUUUGAAAGAACUCUUAAAACUAUAUAUUAAACUCUAUUACGGAUUGUUUAUAUCUUUCUAAGUUUUCGAAAUAUUUCGACUGAAAAAGAGAGCUGUUUGCCAUCUUGGAUUAUUGAAGAUGUGCAUAGUACAUGUUACGUCGUGGGAGGGGUCACGCUAAUUUUUUAUCUUGAAAGUAAGCGAUCAAUAUGGGUCCAAAAUGUCGUUUCUGGUUGAUGUCUGAAAUUUACAAAUUAUUGAAAAUAUUUCAAAUAAUUUUGGAUUGUUACUUGGUCAUUUUAGAGUGGUUUUAUAUCGUUAAACCCAAGUAGUGACAUCAUCAAAACCAACCUCGUUCCCCGGGCCUUUUUUGGAAAUGCGCAUUAUUACAUACUGAAGCAUUGUGAAUGUUUACCAACUUUGCCAUAUUAAUUAAGUAUCUUAUUUACCAGGCUGAUCACUUUUAGGUUCAAGUCAAUUUAAUUCUUAACAUUUCAUACUUUUUCCUGUGGGAAAGUGGGCGCAUUUAUCCCACUCAUUUCUCACUCCAUGUCUUGGUAAUGAUGUGAGGGGAUGAAAUUCGACUAUAGUGAAAUGUACCCGCGGGCAAAAGACUGUUUUAGUCUUAGGCUUAUUUCGUUUUAUCCCAAUGUCUUCUAUCUUCUUCUUUACUUAUAAAGUCAUUCCCCUGAAAUAUAUUCUGUGCUUAGAUUACUACCAGUUUAUCAACCUUUAGCUAUUAAUAUUGGUUGCUUACCUUAUAGAAACUUAAACUGUGAAAGAAAAACUGGGGGUACUCCAUUCGUUUAGGAGCAGCAGCAACUUGCAGAUUCCUUGCAACAUAGUCACAGUUAUAUUUCUAAUCCAAUUCUCGUUUGCCAGAAAAUAAUGGUUUAAGUCUGUGGCAAGCCUGGCCAUAAAGAUAAAGCAGCCAUUUUUUAUACAUCUCGCAUCUUCAAGCAAGUCUUCCAACAAUUAAGCCGUAAACCGCAAGUUGUGUCGCACUGCUUAUCUCAAGAUCGAUGUGAACAAGUAUGGAACAACUUGUUAACAGUUGUAACAACCUUGUUGAUAUUAUAUAACUUGUUUCAAGGUUGUUCCAACAAGACCAAUACAGUCAUGAUUGAUAACAAUAUUAUUACAAUCUUGUGUCUCCAACAUUGUAACAUUCUUGUUACAUCAUCACUGUAUCAGACUUGCUAGAACAACUUUGUAACAGAUAUAAUAAUGCCAGGAUUCUUCCAAACUUGUGGACACAACUUGUCUACACCUUGUGAAUAGAUUUGUAACCACUUGUUUGCAGACCUGUAACAACUUGUGCGUUUUUACGUGUGUACACACGUAAUCAGAAUUCAUGUUUUCACUGCUUGUUCCCAGUUAUUGUGACAAAUCUGAAGCAAACCGUUGUCAUAUUGUUACAAGGUUGAUAACGAUUUGCUACUUAUUUAGAACUUAAGUUGUUCCAGCAAGACUAAUACUGGUUUGUUUGCAACAACUUGCUACGAGCUCGUUGUCAUCAACUUGUUAACAACUUGUUAAGUGCAGACGAUAUCAGACUUGUUGGAGCCUGGAAGAACCUAGUGGUGCGAGUCUGUUGGCCUCAUCGACCUUGUUAAAAGGCGAUAACAACUUGUUCCAAACUUGUCAACAACUCAGAACAAGCAGUGUAAACACAUCUUGUUGACAAGCUGUGAGAUUUUCACGUGUGUAUAACUCUCUCUUCAACUCAUUAGAAUAAAUAUUAAUUAAGGUUUUAACGCAUUCUUGUGGAGAGUUGAUUAUAUCCAUUUACAACAUCAUUUGGCAGGUUACUUCAUGCCGAAGCUCCCAGUAGGAAAAUUAAAGGAUUUCUUCAUAAAAUCAGUGUUAGGUUUUCCCAAGUAAAGUCAGUGCUCCGCAGUUGAUACAAAUAAUUAUGUUUAAAUUUAAUUCUUUCUGUUACAUGGUUAACGGUUAUAUUAUUAUCAUUCAGGGAUAAUCUUUAAGUUGACAUUUCACAUGGCUGAACAACUUUUAUUUUUCUGUUGCCCAGACCUGCCGAUUAGGAUGUUCCGAAAACGCUGGUUGUUCAUAUGAACAAGUGAUACAGAUUUUUCUAAGCACAUCCGCUGCCUGCGUGUUACCAGUGAUCGCUUGCUCAGCUUUGACAUACUUCAUGGUUAUCACGGCGUAUAACUGGUGGCGAUUUUUCCUGGUGACAACCAUUUCUCUGGUUUUGAACCAAACGUGGAUUGCAAUUUACAUGAUGGUAAUUUACACAACACCGAGUAACGCGUCUCACGCAAGCGCCGUUAUAGCCGUAUUAGGAGGAUUUUCCAGUGGUUUUAUUGUCACGAGAGAUCGCAUGCCUGUAGUGUGAGUAUCAAUUCCAUUUAGCUGCCAUAGGAUGUCAUCACUAUUUAACUGCGUGUAGCGUCGGAUAACGUUGGUUUCCUUUUUGUUGGUUUCAAUAACAACUGCAAUUCCAAAUGCAAUUCCAGAUUUUAAUUUAUGCGUGAGGGGGCAGGUGAUGGAAUGUAAGGUAUCAUAUUGCUGAUUAUGCUGAGAAAUAAAAAUGACGUCUGUGUAAACAAGGAGUGAUAGCAUUAUACUUGUAAAUAUUGAAAUAUUUCGUUUUUUCGGCAGCUUUUAUUGAAAUUUGUCAGCAUAAUCAGCAAUAUGAUACCAUACUUCCCGUCACCCCGUGCGCGCAAAAAUUCAAGGCUGGAAUUGCUUAUUGUCAGCAAAUAAUGAAUUCAGUGGCAAAUGUAUGUGAUAAGCUAUGUAGACUAUAUAGGCCUACAGCCCGUUUGUGGUGCUUGCUAUAUACUCUACUUCGAUCGAAAUCAGUCAAAUAUUUUGCCAUAUAUAUCUAAGCAAAUUGAUUGCGCAUUUUGAGAAAUUUAUGCUAAAUUUAUCUUCAUCGAUCCUUACUUAUCGCAGUCCCUUUGUUAUUCUAAUUUUUAUUAUAAUUCUGCUACUUUUAGCAAAUGAUUAUAAAUUCAUGCCGAACAUGAUGACAGUUUUUAAAAUUUUCCGGAAAUGCAGUCAAAUGUUCGUCACAUAGGUCAUUUGAAAUGUGGCAUAUCCUCGUUAGAUAAUUUUGGGCUGCUAGCACCAGAUAAUAGUUGCAACUUAUUCAAUGCUUUCACCAUUUCAGGUAUAAUCUCUUAUUCUAUAUCAACCCACAGUUCUAUGGCUACUCAGCUAUUACUAAAGUCAUGCUACAGAAUGACCGUAUGAAAUGUGAAUUCGAAUCCACAUUGAACUGUAUCAGCAAAGAUGGCAAUGCUGUGCUGGCCAUGUUUGGGUUUGAUUCAGUUAAUCCUUAUGGCCAUCUUGUGGUAAGCAUAUAUCGUCUUCUAUUGUACUCUUUUACCCAACAUGGCGCUUGCGCAGGAGUGUUUUCAAUUUUAUCUCGUUCAUGUAAAGCAUUGCAUCAACCCUAGUUCAUAUUCAAGCUUCAUCCUCUCUGUAGAUUUCUAGUAUUUUCCAGCAGGCAGCAGUUACAAAGUGCUCCAAUUCUCGCCAAUGUUGGUCCUUUCCUUCGUGGGAGACCGACUGCCUAAUAGUUAGGAUUCCAACACUGACCGAAUGAUUCUGCUGUGGUCAUUCUUGGGCCGCAAGACAUUACUCUCACAACGCCUUUCUCCCAGUACUGUAACUUCCUCCUCCGCAGACCCUCGUUGUGUCAUGGGAAGGUCACGAUUUCGAGAGGGCCUGUGGAAUUUUGUAAAAUGAAUAAAUGUUGUUCUAAACCUGCUUCAUUAAAGUUGCGGGAUGCCCAGGCGUGUUGCGGGAUGCCCAGGCGUGUAGCAAGACGUGUGUUUAGUAGCUCCGCUAAUCUUCGAAAUUUUAUUCACUUUUUAUUCAACUUUUGCUACGAAUGGCAACAAAUCUGCGUAAUAACUUAAAGAUAACGGGAGAAAGGCUUUACUGGGACAGUACAGUGAGUAAUUUGAAGGAAUUUGUCUCAAAUGAGUUAGGAAUAUCGGGAAAAUGGUCAUCACCUGGUGGUGAAGUAAAGCUUCUUACAAGUGACAGUGUGAGCUUGAAAUGGCAUGGAAAGACUGCAAAAUGGAUUACCUUGUCGGGAGAUCCAGAGAAGACGAACAAUCUAUCCGAAGUAUUAACAAAUUUGUGUGAAUUGUCGGCAGAGAAAUUGGUCAACGAUGCAGAGGUAUGUCACGGCUUUUCUAUCGACAGCGAACCGGAAAAUUCGGUAAAUUUUGUACCUGAGAACUCGGUAUGCUCGGUAUGCUCAGUGAAUGAAUCAACACAAGUAAGUGACAGUGAAACGAACGUCCUAGACAGUAGUGAUCUUCUCCCAGUAAACAUUUUAAAGUCAGUGAACAUUAGAUUUAGUCAAACUGAGUAAAAAAUUAAGCAUCUCGAGGAUAAUCUGCAUAGUAGCCUAAAUGGCAUAAUUAAUGAUAUCAGUAUGUUAAAAAGUCGGCUGUCCAUAAACAAUGCCGGUGACAAUUAUAUGGCCGCUUUACAAGCUGAAAAUGAGAAGCUUAAGAAUGAUAAUGAAUCCGUAGUCGAGAGGCUUAACAAUGAACUAUUCAUCAAUGCAGAUCUUAAUACACGAGUCAAAGAUCUUGAGAAGGAAAAAUCGUGUCUGGUGACGGCAAUUAAGCUUGUUCAGUCGAGCGAUAAGAUUUCAGCUUUCAAAGAUUGCAAAACAACAACGAAGCGUCAAAUGCUGACGAUACUGAGAUGAAUCUAACGAGUCAAAAUACUGUUGGUCAGCAUUCAAAACCUGAAUCCAUAAUAUUGUCGGGUGACGAAAUCUCCCAGCAUGUACGCUCUUUAAAACGCAAAUACAAGUCUAAAAAAGUCGCAAACAGUUCUAAAUCAAAAAUUCAGUAUGACUCUUCUAAUGAAAAGUCGCAUACAAAUUCAACCAAGCAUCAACGUAAAAACAAGCGGUCUACAUAUGACCAAAACGAUAGCGUUAUAAUUGACGCAGAUCUUGACGCAGAUGUCACAGGUCUUAACUCUAAAUCUGCAAUUAAUCGAGGGGAAAAGUUUCAGUUAUAGCAAGAGACUCUAUUAUAAAGAACAUACAAGGCUGGCGACUGUCAAAUCCCCAAAAUCACGUUGUUGUUAAGAGUUUUGCGGGAGCUAAUUCAAUGGACAUGGAAGAUUACCUACGUCCAAUUCUUCGUAAAGAGCCCGAUAAAAUUAUUUUGCACGUUGGGACAAAUGAUAUAAGUCAUCAAUCGGCUCGUAGAGUAGCACAAGGAAUUGCCAAUCUUGGCACUCAGAUUGUCCAAGAGUCGCCUGCAACUAGUUUAGUCAUAUCUAGUAUCCUACCUAGAAUUGACAAGUCUGAACUAUCUAAGAAAGUGGUUGAAACCAAUGAACUUAUUAAGGCUUUUUGCAAUGGAAACAACUGGGAAUUUAUGGACCGUGCAGCUAUUGACUCCUCCUGUUUAAACAUGAGAGGGUUACACGUCAAUC